UGAGCGCAGCCUAGCUUGUGAGGGUGAAUGCUGUGUCUUGGGAAGUGCUGGAAGCAAGUUACGUUGGCCAGUGAGGUGGUGAUUGUCUAGUUUAAGAAUGGAGAAGAAAGUACAGAAAAUUACACUGACAUCCAUUCCAGGAACAACUUUCUUUCUUCAGAUUACAUGGGACAAUGAUUUAGGUAACGGGUUCAAUGUAGCACUCUGUGAUUGUCUCUCAGCCUGGACUGGAAAAGUUCACGAAGAAGAUAUUUCUAAGGAAGCAAAUGAUAUGGAAAUGAAUAGGCAAGAAUAUGUCGAUGAGUUAAAGAAAGCUCUGAUUUCAAGUUCACCGCCAACUAAUAAGUAUAAUUUCGAUCUUGUGGACGAUGGAGAAUCCUUAGACUGUUCUAGCUUUACCUAUGAGAAGAAAUUAAAGGACCUUUCAUUUAAACUUGGAUCGACUCGACUUACCAAAUCCGAGAAUCCUGCUGAAAUCAUUAGUGAGUUGAUUACGCAUUGCCUGAACUGCAUGGCAGACUUAUACAACCAAAAUGAUCACCUGCAAAGAGAAAAUGAAAGACUACGUAGAGACUGGAAAGAUAUGCAAGAAGAGCUUGAAAGGUUUGUAAGUGCAAAAGAAGAGCUAGAAAAAGACCUCUACACAAAAUUUACCCGUGUGCUUAAUGAGAAGAAAGCAAAGAUAAGAAGCCUGAAGGAUAAAUUGGAUCAGACCCAGCACAAAGUACAGCAGACAAGUGAAAAUUCUGUUCCUUUUGAUACUGUUCCUGUUAGUCAGUUAAAGGAUGAAGACUAUGGCGGUACAACUGAUGAGGAAACUAAUAGUCAGGAAGGAACCAGAGAAACUGGUAAGGAAAAGUCUCCUGCAUUAAAACGUCGGCCUCCUAGCACCCUUGAUGAUUCCCCAGACAUUGCACCAAGCAGAAAAAGGAGGCAAAGGGUGCAAAAAGGUUACUACACAGAAGGAACAUCUAAAAAAACAGAAACGCAAGAAAAGCAAAGAUGUAAUCCAGGCCCUCCAAAGACCUCUGACAGUCCUUCCUCAUCAGAAAGACCGUCUUUAACAACACCAAAAUGCACUCCAGAUCCCGAUGACCUUUUCAGUGAAGUCUAACUGAUCCCCUAAUCCUUUCUCUAGCUAAAACAAACAGAUUGAAACCAAUUAUAGUCUGAUAAAUGUAUAAUGUUUCUCCAAAUGGAUCACUUGUUUCAUAGACAUCCUAAAUCCUUGUCUUCAAGGGAUUAGUUUUGUUUUACUAAUGGUUAAACGACUUUAAAAUACAUACAGAUAUCUUCAAGAAUCUUGAUUUAUCUUUUAUGAUUAAAAUUGUGAUUAUUGUACUGUU